UUAAUUUCUUGCAUAAGAUUCUGUCCAUUCCUUAAUACAUCAGGAUGAUUGUGUUUCUGUAAAUUGAUCAUUCCCACCCUACUUCGAGCUGCAUUACUUUAUUGAUUGAUUAUAAACCAAAGAAUCAUAAAAACUAUUUUUCAAAUUAACGUUCAACGUAAAGGCAGCUACACUAAAUUGACAAGUAAGACGGAGAGAAGUUUUAGUUACGUUUUCAUUCUUUUUAAAGCUGUACUUAUUUAAGUAUAAAGCCUGGCCAAUCCUGUUUGUUUUAUUAGAAUUUUAUAACUGUACAAUUAACUACAUCAAGCAAAUAUAAUGUUAAUUUAGAAAUAUAAUUGGCUUGAUCGGAGAGGUCACUCAGUAUACCUAACCACACACUUGUCUCCAGAUAUCACUUCGGUCGGUUGAGGUCAGGAAGAUUGGGAUGACCGGUGACUGAAAAUUGUUAUAUCUCGAUUUGAUGGCGUGGAAAACAAGAGAAGUAAUACUUAAAGACGCACCCGAGUUAUAUGUUCAAAUAUGGUGUGAAGGAUUUGCACACCGGUGACAUCAAAAACCAGUGGGAAGAAAGGGAUGGAGACGUCGUUAAGGGCGAAUACAGCUUAGUGGAACCAGACGGCUCGAUCCGAACUGUGACCUACACCGCCGACGACCACAACGGGUUCAACGCAGAAGUGAAGAAGAGCGGUCCCGCUGUGCAUCCUCAGCAUACCGAGCUCAGUGUCAAGACGCCUGUCGUAGUCCACCACAGACCAGCGGUCCCACGGCACACGGCACCAAUCCAUUCGAACUUUAAAAGAGUCAAAGAGAACCAGGAAGUGGUGCAGCAGUCGCUCGACCAGGCGCAAGCCUUCUACCACGCUCAAGCUCUUCAGAAAUACGCGGAUUGGUUUCACAAAGCGAAGAUCCCGGCUCCGGCCCCCGUCGUCCACAACUUCGAUUUCUCUUCGCACGUCAAUGGCGGCGAACAGUGGCAACCCAUCGUCAAGCCCAUCAUGCAGAUCCAUGAAGAAGGAAUGGUACGCAAACCGGAGAAAAUGGCGAUAAUACCUUUGGCUCCAACAUUCCGAUACGUACCUGGGAUGGCACUUUUGAUGAAGCACAGGAUGAAGAUGCAGGACGAUUCCAAAAAAGGACCCGUCCUCUUUCCCGAAACUCCAGACGAAGCAACACCCGCGACCGAAGCCGACGGCACCCCUGUCGAACCCACCUCCAAAACUAUGGCCCAGAAACAAGUGAAAAAGCAGCAACCCUUCUUCAACAACGCCGAAUACUUCGCCAAGUUUUUCAAAUCCCCGGCUUUGCUCAGGAAUUCAAUCUCAUACCUGCCCGGAUUCGGUUUUCUGUGACAAUCGCGUUGAAAAACAAUACCGUCUUGCUCACGUAUUCCUGUAAAUAACGUAUUUAUAAGAGAUAGAUGAUCGAAGAAUUACCAAAGAUUGCAGGUGAAUGACAGCUAUUCCUUAAACGCAAUAAAUUCCUCUAUUUAUCACGGUUGUGUACAGUUUAUUUUUAUUAUUAUUUUAAAAUUUAAAUACAAAGUGCUGCAUUCUAAACGUCUUUGAUGUUAAAUUCAAGUGAUGACAAAUAAUAGGUUAAGCUAGUCGAAGUUUUCUUUAAAUAUAUCUUGUAAUUAUGAAUUAUUAAAUAGAAU